AAUAUAACACUUCCUUAGUAUAAUAUACGUUCUGUUUUUUAAUAAGAUAUUUGAUUUGAUUGGGGGAAGUCGACAUUAGAGGUUCAAAACAGACUUCCGGCUUUCCGUAGCUGCAGCCAGCUAGUUGACAACAUGGCGUCCUCAGAUGUCCACGUCCGAAUUUGUGAACAAGAAAUAUUAAAAUAUGACCUGGAAAUCAAAGCUCUCAUCCAGGACAUUAAUGAGUGCACAGGCCCUGAAAGUAAGCUGACAGAAUUGAACGCAGAAGUGAAGAAGAGUUUCCACAAUCUCAGGUUGCGGAUUCAGGAUUUUGAGCAGAUGGCCAUGGAGCAGGACAAAGAGUCAGAGAAGAUAGCUUUAAUCAGUCAGGUGGAGGGACACAGAAAACAGAUGCUGAGUAACCAGACAGGUUGGAGGAAAGCCAACUUGGCAAGCAAACUGUCUAUAGACAAAAUGGAGAAGCAGGCCCUUCUUAAUGGAGCAGAUAGUGCUGUGAGGCAGAGGAAGAUGACCAAAGAAGGCUUGGCCCAGACAACCAGCGACAUCACAGAGAAUCUCAUGAGCAUCAGCCGGAUGAUGGCGCAGCAGGUCCAGCAGAGCGAGGAGACCAUGACCUCACUAGCAACCUCCUCCAGGACAGUGGCAGAGACCAACGAUGAGUUCAGGACCAUGACGGGGACCAUCCAGCUCGGGAGGAAGCUCAUCACCAAGUACAACCGCAGAGAGCUCACCGACAAGCUGCUCAUCUUCCUGGCGCUCGCCCUCUUCCUCGCCACAGUUCUCUACAUCCUUAAGAAGAGACUGUUCCCCUUCCUGUAGACCAGGUACCUUUUUUUUCAGAGGAGCUCUUCCAUUACUACAUACAGCACUUUCCAUGGUCAGUGCAAAUGAUUUAAACAACCCUGACUGUUGCGUGUCGUGUUACACACACAUUACACACGAGUGUCUGCUCCAAGGAAUGUGCACCGCUCAUUUUGCUGAAGCGGGUGCUGCUGAGGGGGAAAUACUGUUCUCAAAGAGUGAAUAGCCACACACCUAUGGUUCCAUGAUGUGUUUUAAUUAUGUAUUUAUUUGGUCAGUGUGACAGUAAUGCUAUGUGUUGCUUUUAAAUGAAAUAAGGUGUUAAAGAAGAUGGACCUUCCCAUGAUAUAUAUUUUUUUCCACAUUCCUUUGGACGAUAUCCAAUAUGUUUUUUGUUCAAUAUGUAUAAGUAUAUUGCAUAUCAAAGAUGUAAAGUUAAUACAUAUUUAUGUGCAUGUAUUUAUAUAUACACACCCAGACUCUUAUGUGCAGAAAGUCAUUCUCAGACCCCUAAGAUACUCAUGUUUCUGUAGCGAAAGAUAGAGGGCUGACGGUGGUGAUGACAAACAAUGGUUCUAUACAUUUAAAAAAAAAGGCUAAGGACAAAAAUAUAAACCUUGGUAAAAUCUAAUAAUCACAAAAAAGUUCCACCAUUCAUUUCAGUCCAACAAACUUUGAUUGGCAUGCAUGUCAUUUAAAAAGUGUUUAUAAUAGUGUGCAAUGCUUUCAAUUACUAUAAAUCUAUAGUAGCAUCACAUGUCACAUAUAACAAUGACAAGGAUUUAUAUUGUCUGUAGUACAACAAACAGAAAAGGGACUCAUUCACUGAUGUUUUAAUCAAACUUGUUUUCAUUUUUCUGAUAUCAUAAAAUCACUUUGCAAAUGAUGUGCAAGCAUUUAGUUUAAUUAUUAUUUAUGAGGAUGUGUAUACUUAAGGUAAUUUUAAUUUAUUACAGCACCACAAUAUUCCUAUAUUUAGGAAAUGGAACAUUGAAAUUACUUUUAGAUUUGCAGAUCAGUUUGCUAAUCAGAACGGCGCUUGCACUUGUAUAAAUGCACUUCAAAUUGUCUCUAUGCUUGAAAACAAAAAAACAUAUAAUUUUUAAAAGAGUUUGCACACUCCCCUCCAUCGCCGCCCGUGUGAACGCCGCUCUGCUCUGCAGCGGAGCAGAAAUGCUCAGGCCGUGGCAGCGAUCACACUGGCAGAGAUAGAGCAGCAUGCAUCCCUGCCUUUCUUCAGAUAAGACCCGGAAAAGCUGAUUAUUCAGAACCGUUUCCCUCUCCCUUUCCAGUGUGGGUGGAGGGUGAGGGGGGAUAUUUUUAGGUUUGUGUGGUGCUGUUAUCUGACGUUGCCUUUUCAACACCUCGGAUGGGAGGGUGGCCAGAGGAGCUACAUGACCUUGCUACCCUGUCUGCUAUCGCCUGGCAUUGCGUUUUUUGUUUAAUAUAUGCUAAUGUGGUCAAUGUUAAUCAUCAAUAAACAUAAAGACUUCUGA